CUCCCCCCCCCCAGUCCCCAUCCCCCAGCCCCUCUCCACUCUUCUCCCUCCAAUAAUUCUCUCCUCCAGUCCUCUCUGCCUGCACCACCACCAAGCACCAUCAGAAAGGGAAAGGGGGGAAAUCCCCAUGUCUCCACCGGAUCAGAUCCCCGGCGGAGAGCCUUAGACGGAGAGCGAGCGGAGGUUAUCUGAUCCGCUGCUCGAUGGGCGGGGAGGCCCCGGAGCCGCGGCGCCUGAGCCGCGCGCUCAGCUUAGAUGGCAGCGUCGUCCCGGAAGAGGCGCUGCACCUGGUGAUGGGAUACGUCGACCACCCGCGCGACCGGGAGGCGGCGUCGCUCGUGUGCCGCCGGUGGCACCGCAUCGACGCGCUCACCCGGAAGCAUGUCACCGUGCCCUUCUGCUACGCGGCGUCCCCGGCGCGCCUGCUCGCGCGGUUCCCGCGCCUCGAGUCGCUCGCGGUCAAGGGGAAGCCUCGCGCCGCCAUGUACGGCCUCAUCCCCGACGACUGGGGCGCGUACGCUCGUCCCUGGGUCGCCGAGCUCGCUGCGCCGCUCGAGUGCCUCAAGACGCUCCACCUGCGGCGCAUGGUCGUCACCGACGACGACCUCGCUACUCUUGUCCGCGCCCGCGGCCACAUGCUGCAGGAGCUCAAGCUCGACAAGUGCUCUGGCUUCUCCACCGACGCCCUCCGCCUCGUCGCUCGCUCCUGCAGCAGAUCACUGAGAACUUUGUUUCUGGAAGAAUGUUCAAUUACUGAUAAUGGCACUGAAUGGCUCCAUGACCUUGCUGUUAACAAUCCUGUACUGGUGACCUUGAACUUCUAUAUGACUUACCUCAGAGUGGUGCCAGCUGACCUCGAGCUUCUUGCCAAGAACUGCAAGUCAUUAAUUUCAUUGAAGAUUAGCGACUGUGACCUUUCUGAUUUAAUUGGAUUUUUCCAAAUGGCCACAUCAUUGGAAGAAUUUGCUGGAGCGGAAUUUAAUGAGCAAGGGGAACUCACAAAGUAUGGAAAUGUUAAAUUUCCUUCAAGGCUUUGCUCCUUAGGACUUACUUGCUUGGGGACUAAUGAGAUGCAUAUCAUCUUUCCCUUUUCCACUGUACUCAAGAAGCUGGAUUUGCAGUACACUUUUCUCACCACUGAAGAUCAUUGCCAGCUCAUUGCAAAAUGUCCCAACUUGUUAGUUCUCGCGGUGAGGAAUGUGAUUGGAGACAGAGGAUUAGGGGUUGUCGCAGACACAUGCAAGAAGCUACAAAGGCUCAGAGUUGAGCGAGGGGAUGAUGAUCCUGGUCUGCAAGAAGAGCAAGGAGGAGUUUCUCAGGUAGGCCUGACAGCUGUAGCCGUUGGUUGCCGUGAACUGGACUACAUAGCUGCCUAUGUGUCUGAUAUCACAAAUGGGGCCCUGGAAUCUAUUGGGACUUUCUGCAAAAAUCUGUGUGACUUUCGGCUUGUCCUGCUUGAUAGACAAGAGAGGAUAACAGAAUUGCCACUAGACAAUGGUGUUCGUGCGCUGCUGAGGGGCUGUGCUAAGCUUCGGAGAUUCGCGCUAUACUUGAGACCAGGGGGGCUUUCAGAUGUAGGCCUUGGCUAUAUUGGACAGCACAGUGGAACUAUCCAGUACAUGCUUCUGGGUAAUGUUGGAGACACAGACAAUGGACUGCUCCUUUUUGCGUCUGGGUGUGUGAACCUACGGAAGCUUGAAUUAAGGAGCUGUUGCUUCAGUGAGCGGGCUUUGGCUCUUGCUAUGCUACAAAUGCCUUCUCUGAGGUACGUAUGGGUACAAGGUUACAAAGCCUCCCAAACUGGUCGCGACCUCAUGCUCAUGGCCAGACCUUUCUGGAACAUAGAAUUUACACCUCCCAGUCCUGAGAAUGCAAAUAGGCUGACGGUAGAUGGGGAGCCUUGUGUAGAUCGUUAUGCUCAGAUUCUUGCAUACUACUCCCUUGCCGGAAAGAGGUCGGACUGCCCGCAAUCUGUGGUUCCUUUGUAUCCUGCGUGACUGUAAAUACACUAAGCCGGCACCUUUCUGCUAUGUUCUAGCCCUUUGCUCUCUUGGGCCAUAAGGAUGUUUGUAUGUGGUUAUUGUAUGGACAUAUGGCUAGCUGGUAUGUACUGGAAUAACCGAAUAAGCGCAUGGUAUUCUUGCCUGUACUACUAUCUAAUCCUAGGAAGAUGUAUACUGAGUAACACUGCAUCUGUGACACUACAAUGCCUGCUCCCCAGAUUUGUACCAUUGGAGGUGUAAAAGUACCUGUUUUUGGCAGCCUAUGUAAUACGUACUUAAGAUGUUCUCUGUUGAACACAAAUGCUCCCGGAUAAACCUCGUUGAGUUGCAUCUUGCAUGCU